AACAGUCGCAACAGUGCACAGACGCAUCGCCGCGUUCCGUAACCGGUGUACACCGUAGUGUCUGCUCUCCGAAAUCGAUAAUCGUGUGCGUUCUCAUUUUAUACGACCUGAUAUUAUUAUACAUCGCCCUGCGUUGAUUUAUAGGAUAAUACGUUUUUAUGUUUUUGUAACAGUUUCAUAAAAAAACAAUAAGUUUUUCUUCCGUGUAAUUACAAUUUAAUAAUACUUGGAGUUAAAUAUUAUAUUAUUAUACCUAUAGUAUAGGUAUACGCGUGACGUUCCUAAAUCACCAAUUAUUUACCACGAAAUCUUGUGUGAGACAUUUUAUUGAAUUGUGCGUUUUGGUUUUUACCCACUUUUGUUUUUUGCCGCCUUUUACCGCGAACAAGGUUCGAAAUUAUUCGUUCAAAAUUGGCCGCAUCAAGCAGAAUCCGGUUCGUGUAGCCACUGGCGAAACGGCUGCGCACGACUUGUUAAGUACCGAUUUGCCAAUUGACUGUAUGAAAAUGACAAUGGAUGCCACAGAUAGUGCAAGACUUGGCUUAAAUUUGAAUUUGAGCGUGCAGCCUCAAUCAUAUCAUUGGAUGCAAUCACCUAAAGGUACUGAUGACGAGGACGAGGACGACCGCAGAAGAGUGGAUGAUGAUUGUUCACCGGAAGAAGAACCGGAUAUCCUGGAAAUGCAGAGAGAAGAACGAGAAACCCUAAAUCAGUUGGCUCGUCGUUUGGCAAGUGCGCCACACGGACUGAUGGGAGGUCACACAGCGUCUAUGAUACAACAUUUGGUUUAUCGUCAUCCUAAUGGGAUGCCUAUGUCUGAUCAGAUCGUCAUGCCAAUACCCUCUAGACGACCAGCCAAUAUAGAAUCACCACCAGGAUCUAGCCGAUCAGGUGACACACCUCUUGGUCAUGAAUAUACACAGGAAAACGAAUCAUCUUUGUUAGCCAGAAAGGGUGAAGCACAAUCGUGGACUUUUGAAGAACAGUUUAGACAGCUAUAUACGGCGGGCAACGAAACGGACAGACGCAGUUUCCUGGAUUCACUGUUCAGUUACAUGCAGGAACAAGGGACUCCGAUCAGUCGACUACCGAUCAUGGCUAAACGUGUGUUGGACCUGUACACGCUGUACAAACUGGUUGUGCAGAGAGGUGGAAUCGUGGCGGUCAUCACCAAAAAACUUUGGCAAGAGAUAAUCCGAGGCUUGGGCCUACCGCCGUCUAUCACUAGUGCGGCUUUCACAUUGAGAACACAAUAUGUCAAGUACCUGUACGCGUACGAGUCGAAAAUGAAUCAGUUCAGUUCGGUGGACGAAUUGAACAUGGCUAUAGCCGGAAACCGGCGCGAGGGUCGCCGGAACAAGUCGCUUCUGUCCGAGUACUUGCCCGCGCUCCCGGUGACGACGGCCGCCGGACAGCUUCAUCACCACGGUCAACUGUCGUCGGCGGCGCACGGACAGCAUCAUAAUCACCAGCAACAACAGCACCAUCACCAACAGCAGCAGCAGCACCAUCACCACCAGCAGCAGCAGCAUUACGCCAGCGUGCUAGCUGCUGACGAUCGGUUCCGACACUUGGCAGCCGCUAUCAUAGACAACAACAGACAUCGCGCCGCCACGGAACAGGGAAGACAGCAGCCGUCGUCGUCUUCGUCGUCGCCUCGGCCAGGCAGUCCGAUGCAACGUCUGGCCCAACUCCAGCCACCACCGUCGACGGGUGCUGCCGAAUCUUCGCCGUUGUUCAACGGCCACCAGCUACAGUUGCCGCAUUACCAAUCAGCCACGAUGAUGGCCGCUGCAGCACAUCAAGUGGUGGCCGGCGACCACACUAGCAAACAGCGAGAAAUUCUCAGUAUGUUGAUGUGGAUGGAUUUAAUGAGAGCUAAUCAAACUGCAGCCAUUCCAAGACUUCCAAUACAAAACUUGCAGCAGACACCUUACGUCUCCGCACCCGCAGCGAUGAAUCUGCAGCGCCAGUCUCCAGUCACGUUGCUCCCAAACAACGGACCGCCGGCUGUACCGGAACAGUGUGAGGCGUUGAAUUUGGGUAAGAAGGAACAUGGAACGAAUAACAACAACGCAGGCGAAAACGAGGACGAACCUGAUCUAAAACGAAUCAAGAAGGAACGGUCGCCGCGAGUUGUCGAGAUCAGCCGUCCCAACAGCCCCAAGACGAGCCCUGAACGAUUUCCGGCGCCAACCGGAAGUAGCCCGGUACGGGAGUCCAGUAAAUCGCCUGAACGGAAUGGCGAUGACUUGUGCAGUGACAGCAACGGUACGAUUGAAAUGGACAUCAACGUGUCUGCUGGUAUGCCUAGCGGUCUCAAAAUAAACGUUUGUAAAAGGACAAAAAAUGGGAUUUACAAAGGUCAACUCGUCAAGGUUGAAUCAGAAUUAAAUGGAGGAACGAAAAACUCUAAACCGUUUAUUUUGCGCCUCAAUGGCGAACUCUACACAGGAUGCCUCCAACAACAAAACAGUGUUGUUAAUCAUGAAGACAAUCAUUCUAAUUAAAAUAGUAGACAUUGAUAAGCACAACGAAUGAUUUUUCCUGUAAAUAUAAUAUUAGAUAAUACUUUAGAAGAUAAUUAAGAAAUAUACAAAUAAAU